AUGGUAAAUGACGCUAUGUACCAGUCUAUGCCCCAUCAUCGAGUCACAAGCAGAAGAGGGGGUUUUGCGGGGACGCUAUCGAUCAUCACACUUUCUGCCAAGAAGGGAGUUGAUAUCAGAUACUUCCCACGCUCGAAUUACCUAUUGAAGAAUCAUGGUAACAUCGAGACCGUUGAAGACAUGGGGCAUGCCAAGCAGGGGUCCCACUGGUUCAUCGGGCAUUUGAUAGGAAGUGCAGAUUUCCCCCUUCUUAGCACUCAAGCAUCGUUUGAGUCCUCGACGCACAUAUCGUCCUUGGAAAUACAUCUAUUUUCGCUUGUUGCUUCCUGUGAGCAUCGAGGCCAAGAGACAGUCAAGAUCGGGUUGUCAAAAAAAAAAAGUUCAUCAAGUGGUACCACCACCUCUUUGGCGAAGCUUUCACAGGCCUUUGGCGGCAUGUCUCCUAUCAUCCUAUCGCAGUCAAAGCCUUGCAACAUGUCUGCCGCAAAGUCGGAGUUCCAGUCUCAAGCGAUCGAGAUAUCCCAACAACAUCUUAACUCAGACAUCUCUCUCAACACCACGAUACCUCUCAGAGGCUCGCCGUCUUCGAAAAUAACUCUCGAGAUAAUGCCCGCCGGCAGUCAAAUGAACCCCCCUUCUCAGAUCCGGCAUCUCCAACAUGAUACACGAGUCCCAAAGACGGCCUUGGCCUCAUUCUUACUGUCCCACUCCGGUACCCACCCCGAUCCCGAUCCCCGAUCCCCGUCUCCGGGCCCCAUCCCCCCCUCAACAGCCUCCGACUCCCCUGGACCACCAUCACGCAAAGCAGUUCAAGCCCACUUCUGCUCCACCCCGUUCUCGUCGAUGUACAUCCGGCCCGAGGCGUCGAGGAACCUCGAUCUCGGCGUUGGAAAGGAGAUCCUCUGCAGGAGGCCGCUUAACCACGCAAAGCCUUGUAUACGAACAGUGAUAUCUGUCCCAAUGCUCAAGCUCACCGCAACUCAAAGGACAACAACACUGACACGUUACUUCUCCACUCGCCGCAAAGCCGCAUCUCCCAGUAACCCAACGGCCCCAAGCCAGAAGCAGUUGACUCAGCAUGCCAUCUCUCACCCCGAUGAUCCCCCACGAUCUGACAGCCCGUACGACGAGACCGAUUCCAACGCACGCGACGAACAAGAGAUGAACAACGCUCUUGUCAGCUGGAACACCCCCAAUCUCUCGGCCGGCGGUUGCGGCAUCUCCAUCUUCAUCUCCACGAGGUGGAACCGCAAUAAGGCUCAACGGCUCUGGAACGCCGAACGCAGAUCCCUUUUUGACAAACUUCCCCGAUCGAUGGGGAUAUCCUUCAAUGGUGUAUCAAGGCCUCGGGGCGAGCAGUCCCACAAUCCCAAAACGACUAAUCCGGCAGCAACCGAGCAAGAGCCGGAAAGUCCCAGGGCAAAACUGCAAACUGCAAAUCGCAAAUACCCAAACGCUCAAAGCAGCAGCACGUCAGGGAGAAGAGCGCGCAAUCACCCGCUAGACCGGAACAGGACCCCCUGCCGCAACUGUAUCCACACACCCACGCAAACCACGCUUUCUGCUCUUCUCUUCUACGGGUCCCACAACCCGCAGCCGGUCCAAUUUCGGGGGACGGGGGGGAUGAACCGGGAUAAGCAACACCCAAACACACACACCCUCCGCGAUGCAACGCCGGGCCUUGCGGGAACGGAGACGCUUUGUCCUGAGGGGAGACUGCGGAAAAAGAAGUGGCAGGCGGAAGCGAUUUGCGGUGCUUUGCUCGGUGUGGCGUCGGUGUCGAUAACCACACCGUCUGUGGCUACCCCAAAGAGCUUGACUGCGAAGGGGAACAUAGCCGUACGUGGUUUAAUCCCGUUUCAGUCUGAUCUUUUCUGCUUCUUCCUUUCGACCUAUUGGUGCUACCGCCUCGGCUACCUACCGCUGGGUGUUGAUCGUCGAGCAUGUGCUGCCGCUGCUACUGCUGCUGCGGUGGCAUUUGUCGUCGUCGAGCUUGUUUCACAAGGUACUCGUUGGAGUCAUUGCCAGACACUGGACGAAAUAGAAAAUCAGGGCAAUCGAUGGGCAGGGAAUAUGCAAAACUCUAAAGAAUGUUGCCUGCCGCGACCAAGUCCAGAACGAUCGCUGUCCAUCUUGUCUGUCUUGGAAUUAAGUUGUCAGCCAGUCUCGAUAGGUCCAUGGGCCAUGACCGCCUUCAGCUUUCUGAAUUGCCAAAGAGGGUUUCCCCUGCGUGUUAGCUCGCUCAUCUAUCGCUCUCUCACCCCCCCUUGCGUGCCUGCGGGAUACAUUCCCGCCGCCCUUUUACAAAGCCAAGGCAAGGGCACAAUUGGCAGGUCCAGGAACGGGAUGCCCUGCGGUGUGGCACAACCCCGAAUUCGGGACGAGACUCUGCCGUUGAUGGCGGGGACCACUCAUAUUGCGAGUUGCCGCCUCUGCCAUCUCAUUCGAAAAUGGGCUGCGACAAAUCCGUUGUCGUUGCUGAAUGCUGACGACGCAAACGGUGAUGAAGAUGGCUUAUUCGCGGGGGAGGGGGCCCCUCUCCUCUCCCGCACGUCGCAAACUCGCGUUCGAGACCCAAUACGAUCUCGCCGUUUCUUCGUUUGUGCGACCAACAAGAAUGAGGGAUGUGGAAGCGGAGGAACACAAACUCACAGGUUCCUCCGCUGCGCAACGCUGGCGACACACACAUACACACCCUCCACAAACCACCACCACCACCGCCGCCGCAACUACAGCUUGGACGAUCCGGGGAAACAAAGGUCAUUGUAA